ACGUCAUUCUACUCUGGUUUACCACACGGACCACAAACCGAGAACUAGUGUUAACAAACUCUUGAUUUGAACUUCGUUCAAGAACAUUUUAAAAUCAAAAUGUUUAAGCUGACAAUUGCCCUUCUUGUUUGCAUGGUCAUGUUCACUCAUGGCUUGCCAUUGGCUAAACUGGUUGACGAAAAUGUUAAACUAGAGGCUCCAGAACAAGAUCAUCCUCAAGAACAGAAGGACGAGGCCACAGAACAAGAAGAUGUCCCUGAUGAAGAGGACGAGAGUGAAGACGAACCCAAGGAAGAAGAUCAACCUGAGGAACAAGAUCUUGAAGAGGCUCCCGCCACUCCUGACGAAGACACUCAUGAGGACGAAGACACUCAUGAGGACGAAGACACUCCUGAAGAGAAUGAAGAAGAAUCCCCAGAGAAGGAAGAAGAUGAAGAGGAUCAACCUGAGGAGGCUCCCGCCACUCCUGAUGACGAAGACACUCCUGAGGUCGAAGACACUCCUGAAGAGGAUGAAGAGGAUGAAGAAUCCCCAGAGAAGGAAGAAGAUGAAGAGGAUCAACCUGAGGAGGAUGAAGAUACUCCAAAAGAUGAGGAACAAAAUGAUGAAUCACAGGACGAGGAAAAAGAGGACACACCUGAAAAACCUGAGGUAGAAGAACCUGAAGAGGAGGUAAAGGAUGAGCCCGAAGAGACUCCCAAAGAGGAGGUAAAGGAUGAGCCCGAAGAGACUCCCAAAGAGGAGGUAAAGGAUGAGCCCGAAGAGACUCCCAAAGAGGAGGUCAAGGAUGAGCCCGAAGAGACUCCCAAAGAGGAAUCUCCUGCCGCUACCCAACAGGAUAGUGCCAAAGAGGAGUCAGAAGUAGAUGACCUCCUUAAACAGCUGUAAUUUUUUGGAUAUCGAAUUUAUCACUCUUACUAACGUAAUUUAGAUAAUUAAAACACUUUUUGUAAUGUUAUCUAAUAUCUUCACCAAUAAAAUAACACUGGAUUGACACAAUA